AUGCAGCAGAAGCUGAAGGGCGCACGGUUCCGGUGGAUCAACGAAAUGCUGUAUACGACCACCGGCGACAGGGCCUUCGACAUGGUGCAGAAGGACCCGGCCAUCUUUGAGGAAUACCACCGCGGGUUCUCGUCGCAGGUCGAGAAAUGGCCUGUCAACCCCAUCGACGUGUUUAUCGGGUAUCUGAAAAAGAGCAGCAAGAAGCUGGUGGUCGCCGACAUGGGCUGCGGCGAGGCUGGGAUUGCCGCGGCCGUGGGCAAUCAGCACGAGAUCCACUCGUUCGACCUUGUUGCACACAACAAGUACAUCACGCCGUGCAAUAUCGCCAACGUGCCGAUGGAAAGGGACACGGCUGACGUUGUUAUCUUUUCGCUGGCGCUGAUGGGCACGGACUUUUUGAAAUUCAUCCGCGAGGCGAACCGCAUUCUGCGCAAGGGCGGAGAGCUCAAGAUUGCCGAGGUGGUGAGCCGAAUCCCGGACAUCGAUGGGUUCGUCAAGGCGCUGGAGGGCCAGGGGUUCAAACACACGCACAAGGAUGCGUCAAACAAGAUGUUUAUCAUGCUGGAUUUCGUCAAAACAAAAAAUCCGCCAGCGUCGUUCAAUGCAAACUCGACGCUGCUCAAGCCGUGCAUCUACAAGCGGCGCUAG